AAUCCCUUUGAAUGCUCAGUGAACCGAUGGAACAAUGGAAAGGCAAAGUUGUCGUGGAUAACAUCGUGAAGAGAUCCCAAUGGAGGGAAUGAUUGUCGUCGGAAGACACGGCGAGUAAACACCGUUCGCUUAUGGCAAGUAAAGAGACGUGGUCACACUAUGGUGGGAGUCAGUUCUGUUAUAGUAGGCCACGAGGUAGCAGCUCUGGUGUUCCUGCAGGUGUAGCGCGAUCGUACAAACUCUCUCUUAGUUUCUGCUGGCGCUCCAGGCUUCUCGUUUUGCCGGAGUGCGCCGCUCUGUGAAAACCGAGCUUCGAGAUCGCCUCGAAAGCGAUCCGGACAAUGAAAACGCGAAAUCUGUGCAAUAUCGCGUGAUAUAUCGGUGAUCGAACGAUCAAGCUAUUCGAAAUCUAGCGAAUCGACGUUGAAUCUUAUCGAUUUUCGUUAUUUCAUCGCUACGAUCGCUGGAAGAGUACUCGAUUGCAAUUUGAUCGUCGAUUAUAAAACAUUGACAUGAAACGACGUUGUUUCUUUCGGUUAUCUGCAGAUUAAUAAUGCGAUUGUAUUGGAAGAGUGUCCGGAUCGUAAACGAUCGAUAAACCACGCGAACAAACUUUUCAUCAGUCAAGUAAACACCAUCGCGCAAGUAUAAAUCGUAUGAGCGGUGCGCUCGAUCGUUGAUCGCUUGAGCGUUUAAAAGUACGCCAAGUCUUUAGAAGGAGAAAGCAGGAGAAGCUGAAGAAUUCAGCCAGCUGAAAAAAGCGUCUUUCUUUGACAAUUACGAUUUUUUAAAUUCGAUCUCGUUUCCAUUUUUUCCUUCAAGAAUUUCCUUUGAAAGAGUUUCCGUUAAAACCACAGACUAUUCGUCGUAAAACGAAAUUUGUUUCAAAUUAAGUCAGCAAUUUGGAGAAAGUGGAUAAACGCUAUGGAACGAAAGUUAUGUAAAUUCUAAGAGACACCGAUAUUCAUCGAACAAAGAGAGAAAAUCGAUAAGGAGAAGAAUAAAAAAAAACUAUUGCUUCGAGGAUCGAGCAAGUCGCGGCAACUUGGAUCGAUCGUCUAUAUUUUCUGUCUGACUUCAGGCGUUUAACAGUUUCUCCAUUGUUUCGUACAAUUCUUCGUUGAUCAACGAAGCGGUCAAGAGAAUGAAAGAACACUGAUCCUUGCGUGUUCGGAAGAUUCGCGAACUGUGAACACGUGCUCUCCUUGCAUUUUCAAGUCGGUACGCGAACGAUGGAUUUUUGAAAAAAAGAUUCGUCUCUCCAGCCGGUCUACCAACGUGAGAUGAUUAACAAACUCUUGUUAAGUUUUUGGAUACUCGGAUGCAUCAGCCUCUAUGGAGACCCGACGGUUGCGCAAGAGUGGCCGACGCCUCUCGACGAAUCCGCGGACGAGAAGAACGAUGCCGAAAUUUUUCGAGCGGUCGUCGAAUCUAUGCGACAGUGGACCUUGCACAAGCAAUUGCAUCAUAGGACCAAGAGAGAAGUCUCGAAAGUUUGCUACGAAGACGUCGGCUGUUUCGAGGACACGGGACCAUUCAGUUACUUGGAGAUGCUCCCGUCACCACCUAAGGAUGUUGGCACUAGAUUUCUAGUGUACGGUAGCAGAAAGGCAAGAUCGAUUCCGAUGGAAGUUCCCGCCGAUGACAUAAACGAUAACGCACACCGUGCCAUAGAUCCCGAUCUACCCACCAAAGUGAUUGUACAUGGAUUCGGAUCCAGCUGCGAUCACGUCUGGGUUUAUGAAAUGAGAUCCGCGCUAAUGACUGUGCAUGAAUGUAAUAUAGUAUGCGUGGACUGGGGACCAGGAAGCGCAGUUCCCAACUACGUAAGGGCGGCUGCUAACACUCGUCUGGUCGGCCGACAAUUGGCCAAGCUAGUGCGAAGUUUGAACGUACCUUUGGAGAAGGUUCAUUUGAUCGGUUUCAGCCUGGGUGCUCACGUGGCUGGAUUUGCCGGCGCUGAGCUGGGAAACGUCUCCAGAAUCACAGGAUUAGAUCCUGCAGGACCACUGUUCGAGUCUCAGGAUCCUAGAGCCCGACUCGACAAAACGGAUGCCAACUUCGUCGAUGUGAUUCACAGUAAUGGUGAACAACUGUUGCUCGGUGGUUUGGGAUCCUGGCAGCCUAUGGGCGACGUCGAUUUCUAUCCCAAUGGGGGCAGGAUGCAGACAGGUUGCUCGAAUCUCUUCCUUGGUGCUGUAUCGGAUAUUAUCUGGUCAAGCGCUGUCGAGGGUAGAUCCCUGUGUAACCAUCGAAGGGCCUACAAGCUGUUCACUGACUCUGUAAGCCCAAAGUGCCGAUUUCCAGCGUUUCCAUGCGACAAUGGAUACGACGGUCUUCUUCGUGGCGAGUGUUUUCCUUGCGGUGCGAACAGCAUGGGCGGACCUUGCGGCGACAUGGGUUACUAUAGCGAUGAAUCACCUGCCAGAGGACAACUCUACCUGGUAACGAGAGACGAAGAACCUUUCUGUGCUCACCAGUACCAGGUGAAAGUGUAUAAUAGUCGCAGCGAAAGACCCGCUAGGAGUUACGGGAAACUGCAGGUAACUCUGGUCGGAGAAGGAUCUUUCAACGAUACGUUUGCGAUGACGCGCAAGGACGAAGAGCUUCUGGUUGGUUCGAUUCUUCAGAAAAUUGUUGUACCGCACCCUGCGAUUUCGGAUUUGGAAGCUAUCGAGAUCAAGUACACGGCGUACAGCGGCUGGAUCUCUUCGGGUUUGGUGUCCUGGAGCAUCGACAAAGUAGCCAUUAUCGACAGCUUUGGAAAGACUCUCUCCGUCUGCAAAAAGAGUCUGAGCUUAGAAUCUGGGAAACCCGUCCUACUUCCUCUCUUCGCAGGCGAAUGCAACGUUCCCGUGGAAUCGGAUAACUCAACGUCCCCAGCAUUAGAACGUCUGUUGCAAGAGAAACCAGGUGGUAUCGGGCCAUUUACCAAAGAACAGAAUUACGAGGCGAAGGAUAAUAUCCCGAUAGAAACGUUCUCGAAAGAGAGAAUCGCGUCGUUGUCCUCGUCGAAAGGUUUGGGUCCAUUUACCAAGGAGCGGAACGUGCGCAUAAUCGAGAGGAAAGAAAGUUUCAAGACGAACAACUUCGAGGAAACGGGUAAUCGUGGCGGUAGCUCAAACCCUUGGAAUAUCGUCGACAUAUCCAGCGAUGGAGAUUCGAAUUCUUUGGACAAUUCGGAGACUGAGAAAGGCAGAGGAUUCUCUGGUUCCAAUUUGUUCGCUAAAAGUCCUUCUCCAAAUCCUUCGGUGGAACCGACGACCGAGUUCCUUCCAGAAAUACGGGAACCUGUACUGCAAAUCGAUAAGAAGGAAACAGGCAGGUCUUUGAAAUUUCCAGAAAUCACAGAGCCGAUCUUGAGGCCACGCUCGGCGAGACAGAACGUCAGAAACGAAAUUCACAGUCGUGAAAAGCAGAAAGAAGAGAUACAGGAGACUUCCUCGACGUCUAGAGCUUUUACAGUGCAAUUCUUGCCAGAAAGGUUGGCUGGGAUCCUGGCACAAGCUGAAAGGUAUGCUAGGCAAACCCUUCUUCCUCUGAUUUCGCAGUAUACGCCCAGUUUCGUAACUGGAUCGCGAUACGAGGAGCCUAAAUAUUUUCCACCCUUGGGGGAGAUCGCUUCGGAGGAUCAAGGGCCCACUGAACCGGAGUUGACUACAAAUAACUAUCAACAGGACUUUGAACGACAGAACCGAGAUGAUCGAAUUGUUAACACUGAGUCUGCUUUAAGAGAGGGGCGAACGAUGAAUUCUUCCAACGCUACGUCGAUGGAAGUAUCUGCGAUUAUCGAGGUAAAUUAUCAGGAAAAAGAGAUCAAUUCAACGAGAACCGAUGAAAGCAACGAAUGGAUACCUAUAGAACAUUCUACCGUUUUAAACACCUUAUCUAGACAAGAUUUCAACGUGUCCAGGUCUCUGAAUUGGGAACACGAAAAGUACAAUUGGUCCACGCAAACGUCAGAGAGUAGUACGUCAAAAGUGGACGAUUGGGUACCUAUUACGAUUAAAAGCGAAAUUGAAAUUCCUGAGGCUCCGAACAAUGUCUCUAACGAGAUUAGCUUGUCUCGCGUGGUUACUGACAAGCAGAAUAAGGCUGUUCAAGCGGAAGCUGUGACGAUAAAGGACUCUGGAAAUAAUUCAGACGAGGCUGUUACCUCUGGGAAAGACGAGAGAAAGUAUAUUCCUCUGAUCGAUCCGAACGCGAAAGAAUUAUCGUCGACGAACGUGAAUGAUAUCUUGGACGUUGGUCCGAGCUCUUCGAGUACGAGCUCCACGUACUCGCCGCACUCUCACAUUCAGAAAAUCCCCAGACCGAUAGAAACGAGAAGUAGCAAACCUAGUUUGACGAGGAGGAGCAUGGUCUUCCCUUACGCGUACGAGAAGAAGAAGGAUCCUAGAACCAGGUACAUACCUUUGAUACCAGAGGAAGACUUUGGAAGGCCAUACUUUUCGGUCGAUAGGGAACGCUGAUGGAAUUUAAGCGGCGAAAAUUGUUUGGAACAAGAUUUAUGGAAUCAUCGUUCAUGAUAUGUUUCCACUCUUACAAAUGUCCAAUUUCUUAUUGGCUUUUCCUAUUGUUUGUAGUUGUUGAUGAUCAGUUGUUAACGUUUUCGUGGAAUUUGUGUUUUGAGUUACUGAUACUAUGGAACGUGAUAACAUCGGUCAGUAAAAAUCGAUGGCUUUAUAAAGCACGCUUUAAAGAUGUUUUUGGUAAAAAUUGGAGCCUUAACUUUAUUUUUGUAUAUAGGAAUUUUUUUACAAUAUAUAUAAUAUAAUAUAUAUAUAUAUAUAUAUAGCUUCGCUGAAAUCUGUUUUUUUUCACAUCGUUACCGUUAACUAAUUCUUAGUUAUUAGAAUUAUUAUCAUCGUCAUCUGUGUUUCCCCCAUUUAUUUUAUUUAUGUCGAACGGACGAUCAUAAGAGCGAAAAAUCCCACUUUGUAUAUGAUGACCCAAUCUUGGAAAUCGCAAAACGACUCGCUGAAAUAGUAUUAUAUUUCUUUCUUUUCUCUCUCUCUCUCUCUCUCUCUCUCUCUCUCUCUUUGUCGUAAUAAUAUGUACAGCUGGUGCCUAUGCGAUCCACCUUCCUGGCGGUUCACGCGAACGGUAGUCAAAAGUAUGGAAGAGAUGAUUUAAAUGGACUUCUAUGUGUAUCUAUAAUAUAUCUGUUUUUACUUAAAAUAAAUAACCCUCUUUAAGAAGAAAAA